AUGUCGUCUAGUGGCACCAUAAGUAACUAUUAUGUCGAUUCUCUCAUAGGCCAUGAAAGCGAAGAAGUUUACGGGAGUAGAUUCGUCCAGGGAGGUCACAGUGCGACCUCCAGGCCAUCAGGUGUUGCAGAGAGUUCAGAUUUUUCCUCCUGUAGCUUUGCACCAAAAUCCACCGUGUUCUCCACCUCCUGGUCCACGGUUCACCCUCAGCCGUCUGCGGCAAUGACCGGGAUCUACCACCCCUACAUGCACCAACCCCACUUAGGGGCCGGCGACACCGGCCGCUACGUGCGCUCCUGGAUAGAGCCCUUCCCAGGCUUCCCGGGCGGCGGCGGCGGCGGCGGCGGCGGCGGCGGCGGCGGCGGCGGCAGCUCCGCGUCCAGCUCCGGCUCCUCCAACGGGCGCCACUACGGGAUAAAGCCUGAGACGGGAGCAGCCGCCUCCUCGUCUUCCUCCUCCUCCUCCUCCUCCUCCAAAAGGACUGAGUGCUCCUCGGCCCGGGAGUCCCAGGGGAUCGGUGUGCCCGAGUACACGUGCAGCUCCUUCCUCCAGGAGCCCCGGGAGAAGGCGGCUGCCAGCAGCUCCAAGGACCCCGCCGCCUGCAGCCACAACCCCAGCCCGAGCAGCGAUCUGAAGGAGGAGAAACAGCAGCAACUUGACCCAAAUAACCCUGCAGCAAACUGGAUCCACGCUCGUUCAACGAGGAAAAAGCGUUGUCCCUAUACAAAGUAUCAAACUCUGGAACUGGAAAAGGAAUUCCUCUUUAACAUGUACCUCACUCGAGACCGCCGUUACGAAGUAGCUAGGAUUUUAAACCUCACAGAGAGACAGGUCAAAAUCUGGUUUCAGAACAGAAGAAUGAAAAUGAAAAAGAUGAACAAGGAGAAAGGCAAUAAAGGAGACUAACGCUGGGGUAGAAAUGCAGUUGGGGAAUAUUGCUUUGGGAUUUCUCUUUUUGGUUUGGUUUGGUUUUAUUUUCC